GCCAAGCGUACUCUGAGAACUUGAGCGGAAAGUUUUGCCGUGUCAUCCCUAUCACAUUUUAUUAGUAUAGACAAUCACGACUGCAUCUCACCCAAGGGUCAAUAUUUCAUCACUUUUUGAGAUUGCUCUUAAGACCCAUGGGCCAGUUUCACUCCACGACCAACGGAAAGGGCACCGAUCCUCCAGCCGGACCCCCAGAUAAGAAACUCGAUUAUUAUGAGCUAUUACAGGUGAACUGGGACGCAUCUGCAGAGGAAAUCAAAAAGGCAUACAGAAAGAAGGCCCUCGAGUUGCAUCCGGAUAGAAAUUAUGGAAAUGUGGAAUAUGCUACAAAGCUCUUUGCAGAGAUUCAGUCUGCGUACGAAGUUUUGUCAGAUCCUCAGGAGCGCUCAUGGUACGAUGCACAUCGAGAUGUCUUGUUAGGAAGCCAGACUGGCACCGGAGUGUCUGAAGUUGCGAGUAAUUUGCGCAUGACCACAGCAGACGACAUUUAUAGGGUCUUUUCAAGCUUCAGCCCACAAAUGGAAUUUUCAGAUGCCUCGGAUGGAUUCUAUGGCGGUCUCCGUGAGAUAUUCUCUCGUCUUGCGAUGGAAGAGGAGAUCGCAUGCCGCGGGCAAAACUCGGAUAUAACUGCCUACCCUACAUUUGGAUGUCACAGUGAUGACUUUGAGGGGGUUGUUCGCCCAUUCUAUGUCGUGUGGGGGGGCUUUUCUACAAGCAAGUCUUUCGCUUGGAAAGAUGUUCAUCGAUACUCAGAAGCUCCGGACCGCCGUGUCCGUAGGCUGAUGGAGAAGGAAAACAAGCGCCUGAGGGAUGAGGGCAUCCGUGAAUUCAAUGAUGCCGUUCGAUCGCUCGUAGCUUUUGUGAAAAAGCGCGAUCCGCGAUACAAGUCCAAUACCCAAAGUGAAUCACAACGCCAAGAAUUUCUUCGACAAUCAGCUGCAGCACAAGCUGCCAAAUCACGAGCAGCAAACCAAGCUAGGCUACGAGACCAUAUCACACAAGACUGGGCAAAGUCAGAAGACCUUGAAGACGACGAGUCAGUGAGUUCUGAGGCUGAAAUGGAGUACUUUGACUGUGUUGUUUGUCGGAAAAGUUUCAAGAGUAUGAAGCAGCUUGAAGCACAUGAGCGGAGCAAGAAACACAUUAAAGCUAUCAAGCAGCUUCAAAAGGAAAUGAGGCAUGAAAAUAAAGAGCUGGGCCUAGAGGAGGAUCCGUCGGAGUAUGAAGCACAGGCCACAAUAACAAUCCCCUACGAAUAUGGGUCAGUUACUGCAUUAAAGCCCGACGAUCCAUCAUUUGCAUCUCCUUCGCCCGACGCGGUCCCCGGCGACAAUGACACUGAAAGUUGUUUAGCCCCCCAUAGAAACACUGGCGAUGGAAUUGAUUCAUGGGUGAAUACAGAGCAUGUGUCGCAAAUGAGUCUACAGGAAAAUUCAAAUCCAACUUCAGAAGAUGAAUUGGACUAUGUGUCAAGGGACAUUAUCGAGGGUCGGCUCCAAUUGACAGAUCAUCUAACACGGGAUACAACAGAUGCGGCGGGUGGAUUGUCUCAGAAUCUCUCUGGUCUAGAUCUUAGUGCCUCCCAAUCAACGAUCCACAAAAUAGGGAAAGCCAAACAGAAGCGCAUGAAAAAAGACCAAAAGAUAAAGGACCAGUCUCAAGACAUGAAAUGUGCUACUUGCAGCGCUUCCUUUCUCUCUCGAACCCAAUUGUUUUCCCAUAUCAGGGAGUUUGGUCACGCGCAGCCUCAAAGAGUUACCCAACAUAAGAAAAAGAAUUGA